AUGUCCACUGCUCAAACUAAACCGAAACCUGUGCCAACGCUAGCCUCCAUGUUUGCACUGUUCGCAAAGUAUCGGCCGACGCUGAACUCGUUCCAAGGAGAUGGGAAACGCAUUCUCCUUUCACAAAGCGACUGCUGGAUGCAACAGGCAGACCUAAUUGGAUCCAAGUACUUCUCCCUCACCCAGACUGGGCUAACGUUUUUCGAGUUUAGAAAAUCCUCGCUAGAUUAUGAAGAAUACAUGCAGUUCCUGGCUAUGCUAUGCACGGACAAGUCGGUAGAUCUAGAAGAAGUGAAAGCUAAAUUGACCAACUGUGGCCCGCCGGGGAUUAAUACCUGA